AUGGGCGAUUCAACAGCACGACCAAAAUCAUCCACUUUAAAAGUAAAUAAAAACUGUCCUCCGGACCAAGAAAUAAAUAUUCUUUUAUUGGGACAAACCGGCGUAGGAAAAACAACAUUUAUUAAUUCUUUAGCUAAUUAUCUUGCUAACAGUACUUUUGAUGAAGCAAUCCAUGAUGAAAUGCAAGUCAUUAUUCCAACUUCAAUUCAUUUUACUGAUUCAGAAACGUUCGAAGAAAAAACAAUAUAUAUAAGUGAUAAAAAAAGUCAUGAAAAAGUUAACGACAAUGGUCAAUCAUGUACACAACAAUGUAGAAGUUUUGUUUUUCCAUUUGGUGAGCGAAAUUUACGAUUAAUUGAUACACCUGGUAUGGGUGAUACAAGAGGUUCUCAACAAGACAAUGAAAAUUUAUUUGAAAUUUUAACAUAUAUUUCUUAUUAUGAACAUUUAAAUGGCAUAUGUAUUUUUCUUAAACCAAAUGAAGAACGUUUGACAAUACUAUUUAGACUUUUUAUUAAACAAAUUCUUUAUUAUUUACAUGCCAGUGUAGCUGAAAAUAUAACAUUUGUCUUAACAAAUGCUCGAUCAACAUUUUAUAUGCCAGGUAGUUCGAAUAAGCUUCUUCAAGUACUUAUAAAAGAAUAUCGUGAUAAACAUAAUCAAGAAAUACCUUUUUCAAAAAGUAAUACAUUUUUAUUAGACAAUGAAACAUUUCGUUACCUUGCAUUAUAUAACGAUGGAAUACAAAUUAAUGAUGAACAAAUUCAAAUUUAUAAAAAAAGUUGGGAUUAUACUAUUAAAGAAUAUGAACGUCUUAUUACUUAUAUAUGUCAAUGUCCACUUCAUGCUGUCGCAAAUACACUUUCUUUAAAUUCAGCCGAACAGCUCAUUAAAAAACUUUCGCGUCCUAUUGCUGAAACAAUAAGACUUAUUCAACAAAAUAUUCAACUUGCUAAUGAAUAUAAGCAAAAUCUACCUAAAAAAACGACAAAUGCCGCACAUCAAUUGCUUCAAAAUAUCAUUAACAUUGUACCAUUCGCCCGCCCAAGCAUGAUUUGUAUUAGUAAAAAGUGUUUACAAAUAGUCGACGUAAACAAUGAGAAGAAAGUCAUAUAUAAAAAAGUAUGUCAAAAAGAUUGUUAUUUAGAUGGUGUUAUACAAGAAACUAUAACAGAUCCAAGAAUAGAAAAAUCCAAGGUGAUCGAUAAUCAGACAGGUAAAUCAUUGAAAUUUAUUGAUUAUUAUUAA